AUGGACGACCCAGGCUACGCCUGGCCCGCCUGGAAGUUUGGCAUGAAGAGGGCUGACCUCUUCACCAAGCUGCAUGACCAAUACAACACUUUUCCUUCUUCCAUUCAAGACCCUGAAGCCUUCCACCACGAUGUUUUCGAGAUCUCCAGCGACUCCCGCACCGAGGACGAGUUCCAUCGCCGCAUGGCCGAGCGACGCGUUCAACGUCUUCGUGAGCUCGACGACUCGCUCGAGCUGGCCGGUGUAGAGAUCAUCGCCAACCCGAAGCUCAUUGGGACGGAGCAGUGGUCUUUCGCCGUCCAGCUCUUUCGGACGCGUUCGCUCGACUCGCUUGUACGAUACUUUUCCAGUUACCUUCCCGAGGGCUAUCUCGACCGACACGUCUUUCACGACACCGCGUCUACCGCCUCCUCUUUUGACCAGUACAGCGUGGCAAGCACCAACCCAAGUAGUCUCGACGAUGAUGCCGAGAGCGGUCCUUACUUCUUUCCUGACGAUGACGAGAAGCGUUUCAUGACCCGCGAACCUUUCUGUAUCAACACCAUGGCCGCAGACGCCGAUCUUCCUCCUUCUCCUCGAUCCAUGACCACCCAAGAUGACUCGUCCCCCUCAUCUCCUACUGAUCUGCACGAUCAUGACUUUACCCUGGCUCGUCUGACGCCUGCUCGGUCGCUGUCCUUUUCGGGUUCCGAAUCGGACGCGUUUCGCCGUCACCUUGACGACGAUCACGAAGACGAAGAGACGUCGCAGUCGGACGAUCCCGACUCGCUCGCGACGUCGAUUUCGGAUCUCGUCGAGAGCCACCACGCCGACGAGCUUUACGAAGAAGAGGACUUUGAAGCCCAGUGCCCUACUGAUAUCUUCGACACCAUCGUCGAGUCGAUCGAGAUGGAAACACCUACCCCCAAGCAAGAACCCCCCACCACCUCAUCUUACCUCGACCUCAAACAGAUACCCACCCUCCGUCACAUUCCUUCCACCACCUAUCAUACUCGCCGGGAGAACUCACCAAGCCCGCGCACCUAUCGCAGCAGCAGCCCAUACAGAGGCAGCAAAACACUUCGUCGUACGCCCGACGAGGCGUCCAGCCGCAUAUCGAAACCCCUCCCGGACACGUCACGGACAAGAGCCAAGGGGCGGAGACGUGGAUUGGACUAG